AUGCAUUUCUCUCCCGCAGCGAUUCUCUUCAUCUCCGUCCUCGGUACACAAGCAGUGCCCUUGGCCUUCCCCGGACUGGAAAGCAACACACUCGUGCGCAGACAAGAAGAGACCUAUUCAGUUGUUAAUGUUGGCGGCACCAGUCCCAACGGUGUCGAUACCAGCUCGGUGGUUGAGACCCAGACCCAGACUGUGACCGCUCCUAGCAUCCCUCAGGCUCCCGUAACUGUCACGGUGACCGAUAUGCCAACAUCGACAUCUACACCAGUCAUCACACCCUCUUCCUGGGCCACACCUUCGUCCAGCUCAUACAUUCCAUCAUCAAAAUGUCUGACAGCUUGGCCGACACCUUCUCCUGAGGAUGACCAUCGCAAAUCUCCUCUGCCCCCUAGGAGUUUCCGGAGAGCGCUCUCGAGCACAAACAGUACCGGCCGUCAUGUUUUCAAUGUUCGCAGCGACAAUGCAACUGUGACGGUGCCUAUCUCAGCUCGGACUUUGUUGAACAGCACAAUCGCAGCUCGCGGCGGUGUCUUUGCGCGGGCUCUCAACCAGACUGGCCAUGUCUACUAA